AUAAAACUCAAGUUUAUUAUGGCGAAUAUUUCCGCAUCGAUCCCUCGAAAUAUAAUGGCUGCUAGCAGCAUUUGUUUUGCAUCAGCAGCAUAUCUGGCUGAUUGGAGCCAUACGCAUGUCCUGAACCCACGCUGGCCACCUCACGCGAAAUUUCAUAACGGCCAAACAAUGUCUGUCGGGGCUAUGAACGCAGCAUUAGUCGUAUAUCUGCUCAACAGACGAACAAAAAACUCUGAAAUGGAGAGAUUGUUGGUAUUUGUGGCGGCACUUUCCGGCUCUAUAACAGCUUUUGCCGGCUUGUCUGCAAUUUUCUAUCCAGGGACAGCAUGGACAGAUCCAGAGUUUGAUACGGGAGCUUUGAUACCACCACAAGCUUACGUUUUCAUCGGACACUUGAUGAUCACUUGGUUAGGAUAUGUACUGGAAAUCUCAAGGCUAAAUAAGAGACAAGAAAAGAUAUGAAGUCGCCAUAUGUGUGGAAUUAAGGGCCUGUAUAAUCAUUUAGAGUUAUUUCCAGCUCGCAAUAUAUCCAC